AUAAAAUCAAACAGGUUUGGAAGUAGUUAUUUAUGCCCCAGACACACACAUAACUCAACGACAGCAAGCCACGGUUCAAGUUCGCUUCAGAAUUUAACACAGCCAAAUUACUGGAACUACGGUGGGGCUAAUUACAGUAAUUCAGGCUACCGGAAAAAUCAUGGUCACCAGCAGCAUCGCUCUGGCAAAUCAGCAGUUUGCCCUGAAUUUAUACAGCAAUUUGGUCUCAGCUAACGCCAUCCCAUCGGGUGAGAAUGUGUUCUUUUCGCCAUUCAGCAUUUUGGCAGCCCUUUCCAUGCUCAACGUGGGAGCCAAAGGGGCGACGAGGGAUCAGCUUCUAACGGCCACGAAAUUGAAAAACCUUGGAGAUGCCAGUAAGAUCGACAAGAGCUUCAAGGACUUAUUCGGCAAACUGGACAUACACACGCAGGGCGCCAAGCCAUCGAGUACAGCCGCCUCCCCGGACGACCAAUGGAAGCGCACAACUGCGUAUCUCGCGUUGGCCAAUCGCGUGUACCUUCAGAAAGGACUGAAGAUUCAGAAGGAUUUCGAUUCGACGUUGAAGACAUCGUACAACACGACCUUCGGCCAGGUUGACUUUGCGGGCAAUCCGGGCGGAGCUAAAAACCAGAUCAACCAAUGGGUGGAGAGCGUCACUAAUAACCGCAUCAAGAAUUUAUUUUCCGAAAUGUCCAGCGAUGUCAAACUGGCGCUGGUCAGUGCGAUUUACUUCAAAGCUGAAUGGGAAGACCAUUUUAACAACGAAAACACGCAGGAAGGCGACUUCUUCACUGCCAACGGGAACAGAUUGAAGACUCGCUUUAUGAAAAAGGUGGAUCAGGAUGUGAAUUAUGCGGAGUUUCCUGAACUAGCUGCCACUGUUCUUAAGAAGUCUUACGCGGGCAAUAGUGCCAGUAUGCUGAUAAUUCUGCCCAAUAAGAGGGACGGAUUGGCUGAUCUUGAGAAGAAGCUGACCGCGUCGGUGUUUGACAAGACCAAAUACCAAAACUAUGAAGUGGACAUUACCCUGCCCAAAUUCAGAAUCGAGACCGAUUAUCAGCUGAUCGAGACGCUGAAAAAGAUGGGCGUCAAGGAUGCAUUCCAAUCGAAUGCUGAUUUCAGCGGGAUGGCCGAUCAGCGGCUGAAUGUCGGCGAAGUGGUUCAUAAGGCGUUCAUUGAGGUGGACGAAAAAGGAACAGAAGCAGCAGCAGCCACCGGUUUGAAAGUGGUGCCGGUUUCCUUAACGAUUUUUCCUGACGAUCUUCAGCGCGUUUUCAAAGCCGAUCAUCCCUUCUUAUUCGCUAUUCAGCACGAUGAAACCGGAACUGUUCUCUUUCUGGGACGAGUAGCAAAUCCAGCUGCUUGAAUCAACCAGCAAAGGCCGACCUGGGAUUUCCGCUUUUCUCAAGCUUUUCAAGCUUUAACGGUUUUCUGACGCUUUUCUGUUUUCAGUUUCUGCUUUUUCAAGUUUUUCUAACGUCAUGCCGGCAUGACAGUGUUCGUAACUUGUUUUCGCUCGUCUGUUUGUUUAGUUAUGACUGUUUAUAUCUGUGACAGAAGGCCGAACAGCACUAAACAAACGCUUAAUAAUACCAGUGCUGUUCCACUUUAUAAUAAUUACUGUCUACAGGAAAGUUGUUCAAGUUUUUAUUAAAAUUUAACUGCCGUAACAACCUCAGCGAAAUAAAUGCACAAAACACGA